CGGUAGAGAGCGCUUGUCGCGCAGAACCUACCUUGCUUUGUAGCCGACAGUCAGUCAUGCAAUAGUCGUUGAACGGAAGAAGUACUCGUUGAUACGCGAGUGAACAGCAGUGUUUCGUGACGGUGUUUUAGUUGUGUGGUGUACUGAAGCGUAUGGGAAGUUCACCGACACUAUGUUGACAUCAACCAACCAAUACUUGAGGCCAGAGUAUUUAACUCCUCUUCCAACAACGUUGGACGCAAAGAAGAGUCCUCUAGCUCUACUGGCCCAAACAUGCAGUCAAAUCGGAGCAGACGCCCCAAACGCAAAACUUUUGCAGUCUUCCGAAAAACCCACCAAGCCCAACAAAGUCGACGGUCAAAAAGACAAGACCGAUAACGCACAUAGAAACAAUUUCAAACACGAAGUGCCCACCUCGAGAGAAAAGUCCCGAACUCCUGAGGAGAGAUCCAGUACAGCUUCAACAGGAAGCAGGGUCCGAACUCCCGUGAAUACAAAGAACCCUAGCAACGGAAGAUGUUCGAGUAAUCUGAGUAGUGCAUCCCCAAGAGCAUCUCCUUUAGGUUCUGAGCGAAAAACUCCCUCGGCUGAGGGGUACUCUGAGAGGAUAAACAGCCCUGAGAAGUCUAGCGAUCGGCAAACACCAUCCUCCAGUUCGAAGACCGCUUUCACUCCAAAUAUACUUACGUCCUCUUCCGAUCCAGCUAUCAAGGACCUUCCGCUGGGUACUUUCAAGCCAGGUGUGCCACCUACCACGUCAGCGUUCAUGGGCUACCCCACCGCAGGGUAUCCGCUACCAAUGGAUCUGAUGAGCAGCAGCCUGAUGAGCCAGCACCAUGCCCUGAAGACUGGACUAGCUCCCUACUUCGCCUAUGGACGCAUGAAGGCGCAGGAUACUAUGACCACGGUGUGUCGAGAUCCUUAUUGUACCGGCUGUAGUGUUAGUUCUCAUUUGUUUGGUGCUAGUGUUAAACCUCCAGCAUGCCCUGCUGGAUGCGCGCAGUGCGAUCACGCCAAGGUUCCUACUACUGUGGGGUUCAUGGGACAUAAUCCGGCUGCUGCUGCAUACGCUCACGCGCAGUUGGCAGCCCUGGCAGCCGCCUCACAUCUACCCUACGUUUGCAAUUGGAUAUCGGGGGACGCAGCUUACUGUGGCAAACGAUUUUCUAGUUCGGAAGAGCUGCUAGCUCACUUGAGGACUCAUACUAGUGGAUCCAUCACAGAAACCAGCUCAGCAUUAUCGAUGCUGGGUUCUCCUGGGCUGUCUCCUACCCACCCACUACUCCACAGGACUUAUCCUACACCUCCCUUAAGCCCCUUAGCUACGGCUAGAUACCAUCCUUACAGUAAACCCUCCUUGUUGCCUCCAUCACUAAGUUCCUCGUCCUUAGCUGGAUUUCCACUGGGUCAUCCAGGUCUUUCGCCGUACCUGUCACCUUAUUCGUUGUAUGGGCCAAGACUGGGGGCUGCCCCAGGGAUGCACCCGUAAGGGGUGUUUGUCAAGCUAAGCCAAAUAAUGUGGAGCUGUGUUACUAUAGACUAUUUUUAACUAGUCUCACAAGAUUACCUAAAAACUAUCAAUAAAUUUGUUUCAACCGGUGUAUUUUUGUGUGGACGUGACAGUGUGAUAUUAUUUUUAAUUGAUACUGUUUAUUUGUUGUUUCGGAAUGACUGAGGUUCACUUGGGUAUAUUUGGGAGCUGCUUCAAAUUUAAGGCACAGUUGUUCUCAAGUUUGAAUUACUGACAUAUAUUCCUCAUUUUGUAUUUUGAGUUCAAUUCUCUGAAAUAAUCUUCAGAUUUGUUUUCUUCGCAAUUCCAUCGUGAAAAAAUCACUUGAGAAAUGCAAACAACCUUCAUACAUAAAUUUAAAUCAUUCUCGCAAACUUAAAAUAAAUCUUAUGUUUUUGAAAUAUGUAUCUAUUUUUUGAUAUUUUUGAUUACUUUGAUUUACAUUUUUCAACGCGUAUUGAUGCUGUAUGGUGUUUUGCAUAACUUUAUUAAUGAGUACCUAAUAGUUUUUGUCUUCCAUCCAAAAUAAAUUAACUUUUCCAUUAUACUUAAGUGAACACUUUCAGUUCUUGUGUACAUUUUUAAGAGACAUUUUGGGUAUCUUUGUACAUAUUGGAUUGUUAAUAAUAGAGGUAUCGAUUAAAUCACCUAGAGGGUAAGUUUGAAGUGUAUAUUUGUGUACAGAUCUCAGUGAAAAAAUAUUUAUUGUAUUUUCGCUCAAGUUACUAGUAUAAUCUUCUAUCACCUCGAACCGUUUGAGUUCUUCAUUUCCAUUAGUGACAGAAAUAGGUUAUUGUCAAAUGGCAAUAAAUGUUUUGUUUAAUUCUCAAUUCAUGAUGACAUUUUCAAAUUCUAAUAUCAAUUCACCAAUUUAUUUUUCUAUUAUAUGAAACUAUGUUGUUCUUAUUUCUCAAUUAAGUUUUUUCAUCAACCUUUUUAUCUUACCUAUAAAAAUACUUGUCAAAAUGCUUGUUGAUUGGACUUGGAAUGAAUGAGAAAACAGUAAUUCCACUUCCAGGAACAAAAAUGUGACUUUUAAUAAAACCACUGAUUUAAUCCCCUAUAAUUAAAAAACUUCGUUGAAACAAGCAUGAGAAAUUUAUUAUUGUUCCAAGAUCACUGUGGUUGAUAUUGUGAAAUUGCCUUAUCCAAUAAAUAAGAGUUUAUUACCUAUUGGAAAUAUUGUCAGUAAUGGUUUUUCAUGAACAUAUUCCACAGCCGACUGUCAUAAAUUAUGUAUACCUAACCUCUUUUUCAUAUCACAAUGUAUUCUCUCUACUUUUGAACACUUUAUAUUUUAUAUUGUUAAAUUUUAAUGUGUUGUUUUUAUUUCUCCAUCUCGUGGAAAAUAUAUUUAAUAUCCAACUC